AUGAAUCUGUUACCCUACCAAUUCGUAGGAGAGGUAGUUCGUGGCUUUGGUCGUGGUGGCAAAGAACUUGGAUGUCCCACUGCGAACAUGGAUGGCACUGUAGUGAAUGGUCUUCCCGAAGGUCUUCCCGUUGGUGUCUACUUUGGAACUGCAAAACUCGACGGAAAAUCGUAUAAAAUGGCAAUGAGCAUUGGAUGGAAUCCACAAUAUCAGAAUGAGAAGAAGACUGUUGAAUUACAUCUGAUUGAUUAUUCGGGUAGUGAUUUUUAUGGGAAAACACUCAGUGCAGUUAUAAUCGGAUUCAUUCGUGAAAUGAAAAGCUUUGAAUCACUAGACGAACUAAAAUCUGCAAUCGCCAUGGACAUCAAAGUGGCUCGACGUGGAUCUGUUGAGCAAGGAAAACUAUAAUUCAUGUAUUCAAUAGAAAAUUGUUGCAUAAUUCAUUUCUACUUAUUCUUUCGUUUCUUUUUCCAACAAAUGGUUGUGGGUAUAGUUGUUAUAAAAUUGUGAUAAUUCAGUUUCAUUCCAUAAUAAAAUUAAAAUUUUC